AUGAUCCAUUUCGCUCUUGAGCAGGCUGAACACCAGUCUGAGGGUAACGGUAAUCCUGAAGCCCGCAUUUUCGGCGUCGGUAACGGCGACAAUGCAGCCACCUGCGAAUCCGAGCAGGGUAACCAGAAAUCGGCUUUCAAUGGGUGGGCAGCCGUCCUUGUGCAGUCAUGGCAGAGGACUGGGCAAGUCAAACUGGUCGCACGAUCGGCCGGCCUUGUCAGUGGCCGGGUACUUAUUGAGAUCUCUUCAAAUCUCAAGCCACACGCAGUGCACCUUGCUAGGGACGAGAGAAAUGGGCCUGCUGGGACUCACAGGAGCUUUGGUCAGAUGAAGGCGGCCCUAUAG